CGCGUAUUUUUACGCGUUUGGCCUAUUAUUACCUUUUCUUCUUCUCUCUGAAGUCUCACCUUCAUCUCUCAUCUUCUCUACUCUACUCUACUCUACUCCUCCAUUUUCAGCUUUACUUUGAUCACUGAUCUCUUCUCCAAUGGCUUCUCUAAACCCUAAUACUUCUCGAACUCCAAUGUAUCCCCAAGUAGUCAUUGACCAAAAUACCCCUUUUCCCCCUUCCUCCUCCUCCCGUCAAAAUCUUUACCCGACCAUUGACAUGAACGACCUCGUAGAAAACCUCUUUCCUGAAAAUGACCAAAGUACCCCUAACGAGCAGCAUUAUUCACCUUCUGCCCCUCUUGAAACCCUCGAAGAAACCCUACUCACUAUCCCCGGUUCCAUUCUCCAUUUGAUCGACACACACUACUCCGUCGAACUCGCCGCCGGCGACUUAUCCGUUCAUCGUCUCCGGCAAGACAACAGUGUCGUCGCUGUCCUCGUUCGUGUCGGAAACGACAUCCAGUGGCCGUUGACUAAGGACCUUGCCGCAGUAAAACUCGACGAUUCGCGCUACUUUUUCUCAUUUCAAGCUCCUAAAGAUGACGAAUCGGAUAAGGAAUCAUCGGCUAAUGACUUGGCGAAUGAAUCGUUGAAUUAUGGUUUGACGAUUGCUUACGAAGGUCAGGAGAAAUUACUAAAGCAGCUGGAUGGCAUUUUGGAAAAUUAUAGCAUCUUUGCGGUGCAGAAAGUGGAGGAGAAGGCCGCGGAGGUGUUGGGCGGACCGGUGGCGAAGGAGUUGUCUCCGGCGGAUUUGAAGUCGGAGAAGAAGAAGGAAGUGUUGGAAGAGCGAUGCGCGGCAUAUUGGACCACAUUGGCGCCUAAUGUGGAGGAGUAUAAUGCCUCGGCGGCAAAGUACGUGGCUUCGGGGUCAGGACACUUGAUAAAGGGGAUUUUGUGGUGUGGAGAUGUGACUGCUGAUAGAUUGAAGUGGGGGAAUGAGGUAUUGAAGAAUAGGUUUAAGACAGGUUCGAAAACUGAGGUUAGUCCUGAGACAUUGAAGAGGAUUAAAAGGGUUAAGAGAGUAACAAAGAUGACUGAGAAAGUGGCGGUUGGAGUCCUUUCUGGAGCUGUGAAGGUUUCAGGAUUCGUUACCAGGUCAGUUGCAAAUACCAAAGCAGGAAAAAAGUUCUUUAGCCUCCUGCCUGGGGAAAUGGUUCUUGCUACUCUUGAUGGAUUUAGCAGAAUAUGUGAUGCUGUUGAAGUAGCUGGAAAGAAUGUGAUGUCUACAUCUAGCACUGUCACGACUGAAUUUGUUUCUCACAGGUAUGGAGAAGAAGCAGCUAAGGCAACCGGUGAAGGGCUUGAUGCUGCAGGGCAUGCUUUUGGAACUGCCUGGGCUGUGUUUAAGAUCAGAAAGGCACUGAACCCCAAGAGUGCCUUGAAGCCUACUACCUUAGCCAAAUCUGCUGCUAAAGCUGCUGCUGCGGCUGCUAAAGCUGAUAAGAAGGCUAAGAGUUCCAAGUAGUCACUGCUGAUUAUUGUUGUUGACUUCUCCAGUGGAGAUUCGUGUGAAGUAUUGGUAGCAACGCGGUAUUCCUUUCUACUUGUGAAGCAGUAUGUUGUGGUGGCCCAUGGGAAGGCUCAACUUGGCUGUGGCUCUGAUCAGCAAGCUGAUAAUUGUAAAAAGAUUUGGGAAGUUGUGAGUGGUGGAGAGUGGAGACGAGCAGCUCUUAGCAAUGGAGAUUGGGCAUUAGAAGAAAACAUUGAGAUAACAGGCAAUUGGGGCCGUCCUCAUCAUAUUAUUUUUGUGUCUGUCUAUGUGUGUACAAGUGGGAGUCUGCUGUAAAAUGUGUGAAAGAAUACUCUUUUUAUUUUGUUUCAAUUCCUCAUGAACUUGAUACCAACCAGUUGGGAUUAAAAUUUGAUUAAUUAUUACAUUUACAUUAGAUAUGGAGUUUGUUAGGCAUGUUCUUAGUCUUGUUAUAUACUUGUAUGGCAAUGUAAAUAAAUGAGUGACUUCAAGAAUCUCUA